UUCCUUGAGUUGAUUGUCAUACCACUGGCGCUGGGAAUCAUCGACCAGGUAACGAUCAUCACUAAGACAAAGAAUCAGGAUAUUAGCUGGCUUAUCGAUACGGCAGUGGUAUCAAGCAUUAGGGUUUCGCUCUUCGCGUUCCCCAUUGCGGUACUUACCGGCGUUCUGAUUUCAUCGACCUCCGUGCUAGCCUUUGAUACUUUCCAAGCAAUCAUGCUUGCCAUUGCGGUCUUACUAGUCAACUACGUGUUGCACUCUGGCAAGGCAUUCUGGAUCGAGGGGUCAAUGCUCAUAUCUGCAUAUGUUCUAACCGCGAUCGUUCUAUGGCACUAUCCUAUUCACUAG